AUGAGGCUCACAGCUGUUACGCUCGCCGCCGUGACUCUCGUGGCCACAAGGGCCCAAGCAGCUGUGAUCGAGGCAAGGGCGCCUUUCAAACAUCUUUUCCCUCGUCAGUCCUCUAUCUGUACCACGGAAUGUUCGACGUUCAACAACGCGCUCGAUGUCUGCACGACAACCAGCUGCUUGUGCACACGAGCUGUCGCAAUAAGCCUGGACAGAUGUGUUAACUGCUACUGGGAGAACGGCCCUACCCAGGCUGUUCUCAAUGCAGCAAACGACUUGAUCGACUCCUUCGACGAGGCAUGCGCGGCAUUUGAUUAUCCCCCUAUCUCCGUCACGACAGGUUCGACUGGCCCGACAUCCCGACCUUCGUUCCCCAGCACCUCCAGCGACCUUCCUGUCACAUCCUCUAGCUCCGACCUUCCCGUUACUCUCCCCCCUCCAUCUUCCUCAAGGAGCAUCCCAAAUGUUCUCCCUACCGACGAUGACGAUCUCCCAGAGCCUACGCAGACUCGAGUAACCAACCAGGUCACUAUUCGUCCUUCCGAGACUGCAGGUGUGCCGGGUAUCGACUCGGGAGACGAUAAUUCCGAUGUCCCUGAUAUUCUUGGAGCUGCUGUUGCCACCAGCGCUCAACCAGUCGUGAUAGUCCUUGCCGCUCUGAGUGCUGCCGCAUUGCUUUUCUAG